UCAAACAGACCAAACACUUGAGACGAAAAUACUCGACUAGUGAAAAUGAGCGGAAGAGGAAAAGGAGGAAAGGGACUCGGUAAAGGAGGCGCCAAGCGUCACCGUAAAGUCCUCCGUGAUAACAUCCAGGGAAUCACCAAACCGGCCAUCCGCCGUCUGGCUCGCCGUGGUGGAGUCAAGCGUAUCUCCGGUCUGAUCUACGAGGAGACCCGCGGAGUGUUGAAGGUCUUCCUGGAGAAUGUCAUCCGUGACGCCGUCACCUACACCGAGCACGCCAAGAGAAAGACCGUGACCGCCAUGGAUGUGGUUUAUGCUCUCAAGAGGCAGGGACGCACUCUGUACGGCUUCGGAGGUUAAACUCAUCCACAAUUACAACAAACCAAAGGUCCUUUUAAGGACCAAA